ACGGCCCAUUCCAAAUCUCCUAGCCGCGUAGACAAAAGAAAAAAAAGAAAGAACCGAAGGAGACAGACGCGAUUGGGAUUUGCCGAUUUGGGAAGAAGCCGAAGAACCAAUUUGACGAUUCUCGACAGACGAGGUCUUGACGCCGCCGGACGCCGACCACCCCGACCUCCAGCCUCCAGGCCUAUGAAUUAUCAGGACCGGCCCUGAUGAAGGGAAUCGUCCCCAAAGGUCUGUUCAACUUCUUGAGACUAAGCACCCUCAAAUCACCUCUUAUGGCUACCAUCUCCACAGCGGCUGAAGCUUUCUCCUCCUCCCCCUCUUCUCUGAAACGUGUUGGCACUCACAAUGGCAGCUUCCACUGCGACGAAGCUCUUGGGUGCUAUAUGAUCCGCCUUACCAACAAGUUCAAGGACGCCCAAAUCGUCCGCACCCGUGAUUCCCAGGUGUUGGAGAAGCUUGAUGCUGUUCUUGAUGUUGGAGGGGUUUAUGACCAUAGUCGAGAUCGGUAUGAUCACCAUCAGAAGGGAUUUGAGGAAAUCUUUGGGCAUGGGUUUGGGACUAAGCUUAGUAGUGCUGGUCUUGUUUACAAGCAUUUUGGAAAAGAGAUCAUUGCAAAAGAGCUUCAAGUUGAAGAAGAACAUCCAGAUGUGCACAGGUUGUUUCUAGCUGUCUACAAGAGCUUCAUGGAGGCUAUUGAUGCUGUAGACAACGGAAUUAAUCAGUAUGACACUGACCAACCUCCCAAAUAUGUCAACAAUACACAUUUAUCUUCACGAAUUGGGAGAUUUAACUUGGAUUGGACUGAACCUGAUCCUUCGUCAGAGAAGGAGAAUGAGGCUUUUUCUCGUGCAAUGUAUUUAGCUGGAAGUGAGUUUAUGGAUAAUGUUCGUUAUCAUGCAAAAUCAUGGUUGCCUGCCCGGUCAAUUGUUAUGGAGUGUCUUGCUUCAAGGAAGGACGUUGAUCCAAGUGGAGAAAUCAUGGUGUUAAAUAGAUUUUGCCCGUGGAAGCUGCACCUGUUUGAGCUUGAGGAAGAGUUGAAGAUUGAUGUGCCAACCAAAUAUGUUCUUUAUCAGGAUGAUAGAAGCAAAAGCUGGCGAGUGCAGGCAGUGGCUGUCUCUCCCGACAGAUUUGAGAGCCGGAGGCCACUACCGUCCAAGUGGAGAGGUCUUAGAGAUGACGAGCUCUCGGAGGAGGUGGGUAUUCCUGGUUGUGUUUUUGUCCACAUGAGUGGGUUUAUUGGUGGGAACCAAACCUAUGAAGGAGCCUUAGCCAUGGCAAAAGCUGCUCUCAAAGUCUAAACCCCAACCAUAGCUGAAAUCAUUUUUUGAUUGCUAGACUGUUUCGAUUCUCUUGUUUUUUUCUUUCUAAAUCUUUAUCAUUGUCGACGCUACUUAUUGUUUUUUCGAACAUGGAGAUCGAAGAGCAUCGUACUCGUUGUUGUUUCUGCAGUUCUUAUUAGCAUAGUUGAUUUCUUGGGUCUUUUUGUGCUUUUUUUAUUUCAUUGAAAACGGAAAAGGUAUAACAGAGGGGUUUUCAUGUUUUGUCCAUUAUACUACAAAUAUUUUGAUUGUUUUGGCUAGUGGUCU